AGUUUGAUUCAGUAGCGCUUCAGUAUUCGGAAGAAUCGCACUUGCUCCCACUAAACGGUGGAGGAAGUCCGGGAAAUCCAUUCUAAUCGUCUGUUAAAAUUUUAAUAGGUCCAUUGUAACUGUCGUGUGCGUUCGGUGUGAGUCAAUUAAAAAGAUAAUUUCUGUUCGGAAGUAUCGGUCGCGUAAAACCUAUUAUCACUUUCUGUCCAAAGAGUUGUUCGCGAUGCAUCCAGCGUUCGAAAAUGCCGGUACAAGCAAGGGACUGGAAGUGUGGAGAAUCGAGAACUUUGAACCCGUUCCAGUGGCGAAAAACUCCUAUGGGAAAUUCUACACCGGUGAUUCGUACAUUGUCUUGAAUACCAAUCAGACCAAAAGUGGAGCUUUAUCGUGGGAUAUCCACUUCUGGUUGGGCUCGGAAACCAGCCAGGAUGAAGCCGGAUCAGCUGCAAUCCUGAGUAUCCAGCUGGACGAUCGACACAACGGGGCGCCGGUCCAGCAUCGGGAAGUUCAGGACCAUGAGUCUGGUCUGUUUCUCAGUUACUUCCCCGGUGGGGUUCGCUAUGCCGCUGGUGGCGUACAGAGCGGGUUCAACGAGGUUGAAACGAACGCUGCCGGCGAAAAGCGCCUCUUCCAGGUCAAGGGCUCGAAAAGUGUACGCGUUCGGCAGGUACCGCUUGGCCUCGCCUCGAUGAACAAAGGUGAUUGUUACAUUUUGGAUGGAGGGUACGAUAUUUACGUGUACGUUGGACCGAGUGCCAAGCGGGUGGAAAAGAUCAAGGCGAUCAGUGCCGCCACUCAAAUACGUGAUCAAGAUCAUGCGGGUCGUGCCAAUGUUCAUAUUCUAGAUGAGUUUGUAAGUUCGACUGAUCAGCAAGUGUUUUUCGACGUCCUUGGUGAAGGAUCCGCCGAUGAGGUACCAGAAGAAUCGGAGUCUGAUGAUGCUUACGAGGAAAGUGAUUGCAAAACCGUUACCUUGUACAAGGUCUCGGAUGCGGAUGGUAGCUUGAGCAUUACCCCGAUUGGGGAACGUCCACUGAAGCAAAGCAUGCUUGAUUCCGAUCAGGACUGUUUCAUUCUGGAUACCGGAGCAUCCGGUAUUUUUGUUUGGGUCGGCAAGGGUGCUACUUCUCAGGAACGAUCGCAAUCCAUGGUCAAGGCACAGGAGUUUAUCACAACCAAGGGUUAUCCAAUGCACACGCAAGUUCAUCGCGUCGUCGAGAACGGCGAAACAACUGACUUCAAGCAGUACUUCUCCAGCUGGCAGGACAAGGGCGUCAGCCAUAGCCAUCUCAUCAAGGCAGCAAUGGAUGACGACAGUUCCGUUAGUGGUGAAGAACGGGAGUUCGACCCAGAGAUUUUGCACAUGUUCAAGAAAAACGGUGGGCGAGCUCUUGGCUUUAUGCCUGACAAUGGUCAGGGCGAAGCGGAAGUUUGGCGAGUUGAAAACUUUGAUCUGGUUCCCAUUGAACCACAUACCUAUGGCAUGUUCUUCGGUGGCGAUUCGUACGUGAUCAAGUACGAAUACCAGAACAAACGAGGCGGUCAUGGAUACAUCAUUUACUUUUGGCAGGGUAAGGAAUCAUCAACGGAUGAAAAGGCCUCCGCCGCCAUGCAUGCUGUUCGUUUAGAUAACGAACUCAAUGGUAAGGCUGUUCAGGUUCGUGUAACACAAAGUAACGAACCACGCCAUUUCCUGAAGAUCUUCAAGGGCAAACUAAUCAACUUCGCUGGUGGACACGCUUCCGGUUUCAAGAACAUUCACGACCAUGACACUUACGAUGUGGAUGGAACUCGUCUGUUCCGUAUCCGUGGUACAAGCUCUGAUGACGUAAGAGCCGAACAGCUACCAGAAACCGCUAGCUCUCUUGCUUCCGAUGAUGUGUUUAUUUUGGAAACACCUUCGGCCACCUACGUCUGGCAUGGUGUUGGAGCUUCCGAUUUGGAGAAAGAUAUGGCAGCCAAUAUUGUCGGACUGAUCUCACCAGAUGCCACACCACAAUUAAUCGACGAAGGUUCUGAACCCGAAGAAUUCUGGGCAGCACUUGGUGGCGAGGGCGACUACGACCGUGAGCUAGACCCGACUGGUGCACCAUUCCUUACUCCUCGCUUGUUCCACUGCAGAAUUUUGUUCAACAAACGACUUCGCGUCGAGGAAGUGCCACACUUCGAGCAGGACGAUCUCAACGUCGAUGACGUGAUGGUGCUGGACGGUGGUGACGAAAUCUACGUCUGGAUCGGAAAUGGAGCUACCGAGGAGGAACGUGCCAAAUCGAUCGACAUGGCCAAACAGUACAUCCGGACGGAUCCAUCGGAGCGGAACGAGGACACGGUGCCGAUUGUGAUUCUGAAGCAGGGCGAAGAGCCUCGUAGCUUCAAGCGGUUGUUCCCCGCAUGGGAUGAUGGUUUUUGGGAGUCACAACCCUCAUACGAGAGUAUCCGCCAACAGGUAUUGGACCAAAAUCAACCAAAAGAGUAAUAUAUGAACAAUAAAAACUUGAUGUAAGACGUGCACAAACUUUACAUGUACUUAAAUAUUUGUGAAAUUAAGUGUUAACUAAAUAUUUAUGAAAAAUAAAAAAAUACAUUGUUGUGUAAUA